CGGUGUAAUGUUGGUAGACCUGGCAGUGUGGCGUGGGCAAGUGUGGGAUACAUUUGAAAUUAAUUCGUUUUGUAUUGGUUUGUGUGUGUGUGUAGUUUGGUGUUUAUUUUGAAGAAAAGUUUCUGAUGAGAUUGAAAUGUUGUAUGAAGUUUAGGAAUAGAUGUUAAGUAUAGUGGGCAAUGAUCAGUCAAUAUGUCACCGGUAACGAGUUCAGCUAAAUCAAAAGUAAUGAAAAACUCUCAUUUUCAUUCAGAGCAAUCCACAAAUACAGAAGACUCAGGGGAUGACGCGGAUGAAACAUCAAGUGUAGGAAGUACUUCAACCACAGAUAACACAUCACGCAGUGAAACUCCUACCAAUAGAGGUAGAAAAGGUCGACGUGGUAGGAAGAAAAUUCAACAAAAAAUUAACAAUAUGAAACUUCAGUACAAAUUUUCGACAAGUGUAAAGGAAGACCAUGGUCAGCCUCUAUUUGGAGCUCAGUUUAACCAUCAUUUAAAGGAAGGACAGCCUUUAAUAUUUGCAGCUGUGGGAAGCAACCGUGUGACAGUUUAUGAAUGUCCAGAAGGCAGUGGCAUUAAGCUGUUGCAGUGUUACGCUGAUCCUGAUGUCGAUGAAAAUUAUUACACUUGUGCCUGGUCAUAUGAGGAAGAGUCUGGGAAACCAUUACUUGCAGUUGCUGGCUCUAGGGGCAUUAUUAGAAUAUUUAGUCCUGCCACACUGUCAUGUAUACGGCAUUAUAUUGGUCAUGGACAUGCAAUAAAUGAGUUAAAGUUUCAUCCUAAAGAUCCUAAUCUCCUGUUGUCAGUAUCCAAGGAUCAUGCCUUAAGAUUGUGGAAUAUUAAAACAGAUGUGUGCAUUGCUAUUUUUGGGGGUGUAGAAGGUCACAGAGAUGAAGUAUUAAGUGCGGAUUUUGAUUUGUUAGGUGAGCGCAUAAUGUCAUGUGGUAUGGACCAUUCCUUAAAACUGUGGCGUUUAGAUAAAGACAGCAUGCGUGAAGCCGUCAGGAAUUCAUAUCUUUUCAAUUCAGCAAGGAGCCUGAGACCAUUUGACUCCCUAAAGGAGCAUUUUCCAGAUUUCUCAACUAGAGAUAUCCACCGCAAUUAUGUUGAUUGUGUUAGAUGGCUGGGAGAUUUUGUUUUGUCAAAGUCAUGUGAAAACUGUAUUGUCUGUUGGAAACCCGGGAGGCUAGAAGAUAAAGAAUUGAAAACUAAUGACACAAACGUUACAAUUAUUCACCGUUUUGAGUACCGUGAGUGUGAAAUAUGGUUUGUCAGAUUCGCCAUGGACUUUUGGCAAAAGAUUCUGGCACUGGGAAACCAAGUAGGGAAAACUUUUGUUUGGGAUCUGGAUGUAUCAGAUCCUAGCCAGUCACGCUGUACAGCACUAACACAUCCUCGAUGUGUUGCUGCAAUCCGACAAACUAGUCUUAGCCGUGAUGGCUCAGUGUUGCUGUGUGUGUGUGAUGAUGGAACCAUAUGGAGAUGGGACCGUAUCCCCGUCUGACAAGAUCUAGAGGACAUGUAAACCAUCAUACACACCUUUUGCAAGCAAAUGGCAGCAUUUCAGGCAGCAACUUGUCACUUAACAUUUAUAGAAGAAAAGGCUCUGUGUCAUUUAAUUACUGAAACAUUCUCGGGAAAUCACAUUUUGAAUAGCUGCCUGCAGUACUUGUGAGUUAGCAAACAAGGUGCUAAUGAACAGGAGUGAAUUGUUGUUACAGCAAGUGUGUGUUUGUGGAUUGAAAUUUCCGUCUAAUGUGGAACUGGAUGAAAGAGCUCCACUUCAACUCUUUCUGUGACUGGGAAACUUAAUUUUGCUGUAGUGAGUAGACAACAUUGUUUUUAUAUGUACACAGAACAGCUUUUAUAUCUUCAUAAACCCGUGUGUGUGUGUGUGUGUGUGUGUGUUAGAAGAGGCACAACAACCAUGUAUUUAAGGUCCAAAGAAAUAAAUGAUUGUAUUCAUGAGAAAUAAUAAUGCUAGGCUAACAUAAGAAUUUUUUAGAAAGAAUUUACCAAUGAGUGCUUGAUUUUUACUUGAUGUAUUUACAUUGCCACCCAUGUGGUGGCUACUGAUUUCUUUUGUAAUAAAAGAAAAUAUUCUUACUGAC